GUCCAGCCCACUUCACUUCAGCUCGCUCCCCUUCCUCCCUCGGCCGCCAUGUCGAUCCACAUGCGCCCGCAGCUCUUCCUCGUCCGCCCGCAAGCGUUUAAGCUCAAGCUGAGCUCGCGCGCCAUGUCGACGGGCAAGAAGCUGCAGACGCGCAGCCAGGCGGUGGCGCUGCGGCUGCCGGCGCGCUCCAUCACUCGCUCGCCGCAGGUCGUCGUGGCGGGCGCCGUGCUGAGCGCCUCCGUGUCGCUGCUGCUCAAGGAGUCGGCGCUGUGUCAGGACGCGAUGCUGCUGGCGGCUGCGGACGGACCGUCGGGUAGCGGGGACCCCAACAAGAAGAAGAGCGACCCCGUGGAGCAGAUCAUCGACGUGGUGCUGGGCAACUGCGGCGAGCUGACGCUGGCGGGCGGUCUCGGCUUCUGCUCGGGCUACGCUCUGAAGCAGGUGGGCAAGGCCGCGGCGCUGGCGGUGGGCAUCGUCUUCAUCAUGGCGCAGACGGCCGCCUACAACGGCUACAUCGACAUCAAGUGGGGCAAGGUGCAGAAGGACAUGAUCGCCAAGGUGGACCCCAACGGCGACGGCAAGAUCGACAGCGAGGACGUCAAGCUCUGGUACCGGAAACUGCUCAAGAUCAUGAAGACGAACCUGCCGUCGUCCGCAGGUUUCUCCAGCGGCUUCGCGCUUGGCAUCUACUACUCAUAG